AUGCCCAUCGACUGUGAGGAAGCGGCGUUUUACCGACAGAUAGUAGAUGCGACUAAAGAUAACGCGUCGUCUAUUGAUCUAUACCAAGUACUGCGAAUAGAGCGGGAGACGACACCAAAGGAGAUCAAGAAGGCUUAUAGGAGGUUGGCAGUUCGAUGGCAUCCUGAUAAACACCGGAACGAUUUCGACAAGGCGUUCGCCGAGAGCGUUUUCAAACUCAUCGCGAGGGCAUAUGAGGUUCUCUCUGAUGAGAACAGCAGAGCGGAUUAUGAUGCUGGUGGUUUCAACGGCGGUAUUUUCUGUAAGUAG